AUGGAGGAGAAAGAGGUCCAAAUCACACAAACAUUUGCUCCCGCCAGCUCUCCGCCUCAGUCAAGAGCCUCUGAUGACCGGGGCCUCCUCCUGAGUCUUGUCCCCAAGCCUGGCACACUCUCUUCCUCCUCUCCCUUGCUUUCCCCUUCUUCCCCCCCUCCUCCAGGCUCCGCCGUCUAUUCCCUGCAGUCCAAGGUGAAUACACUCUCCGGAGGGAGAGAGGGAAAGAGGGAGAGGGUGAGGGAGGACAAUAGGGCCUCAGAGCUCCAGGCAGAGGGACCAGUCUCGUUCCAGGCCCUGCCCAGACAGAAGGGCCGCAGUAGGGGGGAGGUGCCACCACCUGUGCCCUUCCGGCACUUUGACCAGAGGAAUAGGUCCAGCAGUAGUGAAGACGAGGUAGAGGAAGAGGUGGUGGCCAGGGUACAGCUCCACACCGACCCGACUGAACCACAGAGGGAGAAGGAGAGCUGGGGUGCCAUGGGGAAGGGGGCAGAGAAGGGGGAGAGGGGAGGCCCGGCUGGGGGUGUGCCGGGGCAGUCUCGCGGUUUGGGGGAGGGGGCCAGCUUGGAGAGCUUGGAGAACAUCCAGUCAGACAGCACCGGCGCAACCAAGGAGGACCCCCCUCCUUCUCCAAAGCCCGCUCCUGCAUCCUCCUCCACCUCCUCUUCCUCCUCUUCCUCUUCUCACAGACACUGGGCACCUCCUAAAGGCUUCUGGAGGGUGGCACGCCCGGAGACUCUGAUUCUGAAUAGGGUGAGCACCAAGUCUACUGUGGGCACUCAGACUACAAUGCCCAUACCCUCGUCAUUUGUACGUCUGAAGGACGAACCCCCUGCGAAUGCCACCCUCUCAGGGCCCCAGAGUAAGUCAAGACUGGCUUCUGUGGAUUCUGUAGACGAGGACAAGGACGAGAGUGAAGGGUGUUGGAACAUGCUGCGUUCGGACAGCCUGGACUGCUACCUGGAGAGGUGUGAUAAGAAAGAAGCGAAGGAGCCUAUGGAUCGCGUGGGGGGGCUGUGGAGGGCAGAGAGCUGGGAGAGCGUGUGCUCGCAGGAAGGGACGCUUUCGCUGGGGGAGACCAUGGAGGCCAACCAGAGAUCCAGAGGACGGUCAGUGAACAGACGAAGGAACGCCAAGAGAGGAGAGGAGAAAGGUGGCGUGGAGAUCCCGUACCUCUGUGUCGACCAGAUACACAAGAGAGAUGUGUCUCUAGACGCAUCUGCCUUCCGGAACCAUAAGUGGGAUUCAAACAUUCCACAACAGGAGCUGCUUGAACUGCCCGGCUCACACUUCAACCCUGUGGAACUUCCUCUGAGCCCCAGACAUGAGCAGGCCAUGCUCCUGCUGGAGAGGGCUCGGUUAAAAGCCCACUUCAAUCACGCCAAAGGGGAACGCCCCCCAACCCGCCGCGCCCAUUCUGCACAGAGAUACAACCCCAGGAGGCAGCAAUCUGGGAGUGAUUCACCACUGCUCCAAAAGGCUGUGGAUUUUAAACCCAAGGAAGAGUUGACAGCCCCUCCCUCAUCAGGCCCUCUCCUGCUCCCACAAAGCAAAGACCUCUCCCCUGGGGGGCGUAAUCGUCGGUAUGGUAACUCACCAACAAGGGUACGGUUUGAGGACGAAUCAGAGAAGGAGGUGGAGUCUCGCUACCUGGAUCGGGUGAGGGAACGUGUGCGGGCCACGGGACAGAAAUCCAAGGGCACUCUGGAAAAGAAGGCGGAGUCUAGCAUCAGCAUUACUGUCCCGAACGCUGCUUCCACCCAGGUAAUGGAGGUAGUGGUGGUGGUGAGGAAAUGUGAAGCUUGUGGAUCCAUUCUUAGGGAUCCUCCGGUGCCCGAACCAGAGACUGCUCCGCCCCAGCCCGGCAACGCGGAGGAGAAUCAGGGCAGGAUGGUCCCUCGCUGGGUCCCCCCAGCCCAAUCAGACGGGAUCUCCCAACCAGACCAGCCCAGCAGCGUCCACCCCAAAGCGGCAGGGGUCACCUUCGGUGAGGUCCUGAUUCUGGGAGAGGAUACAGAGGGCGGGGCCGGGGGUGGAGUGGGGGAGAGGGCCUCCGGUUUCGGGAAGUUGAGGAGGCGCAGCAGGAAGGGAGAGAGCCGGCUGAAACGGGUGGGCUCAGGACAUGGCCCCUAUGGUGCCUCGUGGGCCCACCGUCGGAACUCCAACCCCAGAAACAGGGUCAACGUGUGCAGGCGAGCCGUCACCUUUGCUCUAGGCAGCCCUGUAGCUCUGGACCGCCCUCUGGUGGGAGACUCCGGAAACAGCAGCCCCAAGGAUAGGGACGCCCCAACCCCGCAGCUGCCCAUUAAGUCAGCUCUGAAGUCAGGCUCCAAGAGCAGGGUGAGUGGGCAGCGUGUGGUAAAGCUCCUGCCCUCGGUUCAGCAUCGCCUCAUCAACCUGGACGAGGAGGCAGGGGGAAGCCCUCAGCAUGACCUCAUCACCACAGAGCAACAUGGAGAGGGUCCUAUCUCUGCCCCCUCAGGGUCUCCCCCUAGCUCCACCUUAGUCCCCUGCAUCCGGCCGUCCUCCCUCAGGUACUCCCCUGCCAGGAUCACCCCUGACCUCCCCCCUGCGGAACUCUGGGACACUGCUGCAGAUGGAGCUGGUGAGUAG